GGCGUGAGCUCAAAUAUGGCGACCAUGUACAACUAAAAUUUGUAACUCGAUAACUUUUUUACUUAUAACACAUGUCAAGAUGUCAGAAGAAGAAUAUGGACCAGCUCUUCCUCCGGGGUUUUCAAGUCAGAAAUCAAAAGAUCAGACAUUUCAAACAUCUAAGGAAGAUUAUCAAGAUUCAAGUUCAGAUAAUGACAAUGAUGGUUCUAUAGGACCAGCAUUACCACCAUCAUUGAAACAGACAAAAAUAAAAUCACAUCAAACACAGCCAGAAAAUGAUAACAUUGGUCCGGCUCUUCCACCUGGCUUCGGGCAACAUAAAGCUGAGGUGAGAAAGAGUUCAGUGGAGAAAGAGAUUAUUGGACCGGUGCUACCCCCACACCUACGGCCAGUCUCUGGAUCAGCAGAUCUAGAGAGUUUUAGACCAAUGGUCAAAGGUCCUGCACUUCCACCUGGCUUUACAAAACACCGGGGAGACGUCUCUGAUGAAUCCUCGGCUGAUGAGGAAACUAUUGGGCCACUCCCUACAGAAAUGGACAGAGGGGAUUCCGCUGGCUAUACCGCCUACCAGUUUGAAGAACGUGCAAAGAAAAUGAGAGACAGACUUGAAGGAAAGGACAGCAAGGAAGAGAAGAUUGCUAGGGAAUCUUGGAUGACUGAGUUGCCAUCAACCAAGCUUGGACAGAGCAUAGGACUAAGUGCACGCACUUUCAGGGCCAACGCAGGUCCUGACCUCACAGACAGAUCUGCGUGGACUGAUACUCCGGAGGAAAAGGAAAAGAAACUGAAUGAAGAGAUAACUGGGACAGAAAAAGGAAGUAAGAGGAGCCGUGAAGGUUAUUGUCCAUCAAAACGUGACAAGAAGCUGAGGAAGCAGAUUGAGGAAUAUAAUAAAUCCAAACGUCCUGAAUCGCUGAUGGACAUGCACGAGAAAAAGCUUAAGAAUGAAAAGAAAAAUGAAGAUGACGGACCAAAGGAAAGGCGGCCAUUCGACAGAGAUCUCGACCUUCAAGUUAACAAAUUUGAUGAAGCUCAGAAGAAAUCGAUCAUUAAGAAAUCUCAGAAGCUUAACACCAGAUUUGGACAUGGGUCAACAGAAUUUUUAUAAUAAAGAUGAUAAAAAAUGAUUGUUUUAUUGUGGCUGAAUAGGACAAUGUUAAAUUUGAGACUGAGAUAGCUGUUUUACAAUUUAGAUAACAUAACACAUUUAAUCAAAGCCUGGUUAGCUUAAUAUCAUGUAAAUGUAAAUUUUGAAAAAUUGGUUUUGAGAAAUGUCUGGAAAUCAACAAAUAUUUUCAUUAUCAAUAUAUCACCAAUAAUUUUUGCCUUCAGACUUAUUUAUUCUUGGAACCUUUUCAAUGUAAAGAUAUACAAUAAACAUUGUGUGAUCUGAGAAUUUUGCACAAGCUAACUAAUCAAGCUUUUAUUACUAGUCCUAUGCACUUAACUAAAUACCUCCUCAUAUGUGCACGCCUGCUCACCACUGCAGGUCAGCGAUUGGGUAAUAGGAGGCAACUAAUGUGGGAUUUGCUAUCGUUAAAGAAAACAAAACCUUGUGUGUGUGCCUUCCUGUGCAUUUGAUGUGUAGACGUUUUUGGCUGCUUCAAUGUUU